AUGUUUCUCUCCGUCUUCUUCUGCUUAACACUCAUUGCUAAUGUGAAGGCAGAACGAUCUCAACCUAAGAACAUAUUUCUGUUGGGCGGACAAAGCAACAUGUCCGGACGAGGAGGCAACUAUAAUGAUACCAACAACAUCGUCAGAUGGAACGGCAAAAUCCCUCCGGAAUGCGCCUCCAACAAAAACAUCCACCGACUAAAUGCAAACAAGACCUGGGUUCCCGCCCAUGAGCCUCUCCACCAGGAUAUUGAUGUUUUAAAGACCUGUGGGAUCGGACCCGGGAUGCCUUUUGCGAAUGAAAUCUUGGCUAAAGUUCCGACCUUCGGGAGCAUUGGUCUGGUGCCCUGUGCUAUAGGAGGAACCAGGAUAGCGAUGUGGGGUCGGGGGACUGUACUAUACAACCGGCUGGUCGAUAGGGCAAAUGCCUCCUUGAAUUGCGGUGGGAAAAUUCGAGCGCUGCUUUGGUUCCAAGGUGAGAGCGAUACGUCGAAGGAGGAUUCCAAGUUAUAUAAGAGCAGAUUGGAGAAUUUUAUCAACAAUCUCCGACAAGAUCUCAACAUUUCUGAGCUUCCCGUAAUCAUGGUUGGAAUAUGCUCAGCAGAUCAAGGACCAUAUAUGAAUCUUAUAAGAUCUAUUCAGCUGAAUUAUAAUGAUACAAAUGUCAGGACUGUUGAUGCCAUGGGAUCAACCUUUUUAGCAGAUCACAAGCACUUGGAUACAAAGUCCCAGAUUCGCGUCGGCCAGAAACUGGCCGCCGCCUUUCUUUCCUCUUUUGAUGGUCUUCAUCCAAAGUAG